AUUACUUGAACAAUCUUGCUUUUCACAAGAAGGAAAAUACAGACAAUUCAAAGUUCUUUGAACAUGGACCUACCUGUUGAUGACAGUGAAGACAGCUGGCCAUUAUUGUCUUUGGCAUCGUCCUUCUUCAUAGUGUUUGGAGGUGUCUUGCCGUACAUUCCACAGUAUCAAGAAAUUAAGAGGACUUCAAAUCCCGAUGGAUUCUCUACUUUAGUGUGCCUGGUAUUGCUGGUUGCUAACAUUCUCAGGAUAUUUUUUUGGUUUGGGAAGUUCUUUGAGUUCCCUCUUCUGUUACAGAGUAUCCUGAUGAUAGUCACUAUGUUAGUCUUACUCAGUCUGUGCUGCUCACUGCAAAAUGUCAACCGAGUCUCCACCAAACAGCACCAUUUCACAGAUUUUGAACUUGACUACUUUUGGAAGUGGAGCAGAUUUGAAGACUAUGUCCAGUUCUGCUUCUCUCUGACCAUCUCUGGUGCCCUCUUGACAUAUCUUUUCCUGGAUAUCCCAGCAUACGUGGAAGGAAUUGGGCUAGUUUCUCUCCUAACAGAAGCCACACUCGGCAUUCCUCAGCUUCUGCAGAACUUCAAGAACAGGUCCACACGGGGAAUGAGUGUGAAGAUGGUCUUGUUAUGGACAGCGGGGGACUGUUUCAAGACGGGUUAUUUUGUCCUUAAAGCUACCCCUGCCCAGUUCUGGAUGUGUGGGACAUUACAGAUCUGCAUUGACUUGGCCAUCAUCUUACAAGUCUUACUCUACGCUCGGAAGCCACAUUCCAAGUUUGGCUAGCAAGCCCGUCUAAAAUGCUGAAGCUGUUAAAUAUGUGAGAGACAAAAAAAAAGAGAUACAAUAUUUUACAGCACAACCAAAGAAUAUAAAGUAAAAAGUAACAGCGCCAGUUACAAAAACCAAACCAAAACAUUAAUUACAGAAUGCAUUUAUUAUCACCAUUGAGAUCUUUAAAAAACUGAUCUACUUGAAAGCAGGUGCUUCUGAGAAAAAAAAACCAAAUACAUAUUUAUAUUGAUCAUAUGAAUACAGUAUAUAUUUUAGCAAAGAUUAUAUUUGGACGAUGUCUUCCAUUUGACAGGCACCUCCAUAAAUGUAUCACUGGUGAAUAUAUUUUUUUACUUAUUGGAGGUGUAGUCCUUCAGAUAUUAAUGUUAGCCUGGAAUAUUAGGAAAGACUGCUGAACUAACCUGGAAUACGAUUGACAAUUAUGUUUCAAAUAUAUAUAGAUGUAGAUUGAGAUGGCUAACCCUCUGGUAGUUACAUAUAAUGGUUAUAUUACUUAAAAUGCUUUGGUACGUUGGUUACGUUUCUAAAUGCCAAAUGAACCUACAGAUUAUUUGUGAAGAAAUAUACAUUUGAUCAUGGAUUAAGGAACAAUUGAUCAGUCCAUUACUGUAUCUUCAACAAAGGCAAUCGUAAGAGACAAAUCCUCACCAAACGGACUUCAUGAGUUUGAGAACAUCAGGGUCCACUGUAAUGAAUGGCGCACUUCAGAUCAGGUAGAUAUUGGCAGUGGUUGUAGACCUGCCUGUCUUGCCCCGUGACCUGUUUGUGGAGACAAAGACCGUUAGUCACCAUAUAAGUCACACGUGGAAUCUGAUGAGGACCCAAUAUUCCAGGAGAAUGUGUAAAUGAAUUGCCAUAGCUGUCGGAGAGGAGUGUCCUGCAAUGGUUGAUUCUUGAUGUACAUUUUUGGAACGUUGUGGAUACUGAUAGACUCCGGAGUUUAUUUACACCAGCCAGACUACACAAAAUCUAUACAUUGGAAUGUCAUGCCGACACGUUGUCGUACCACC